CUCCGCUACUCGCUCCUGCCUGCGACAGCACAGCAGUGGUGUGGUCGCUCUGAACGCACAUUAACGGAAAGAAGAAAAACACUAAGUGAAGGCCUUUACCACACCGAAAACUGUUGCAGUCACAGCGACGACGGAUAUAAAAACACAUUUAUUUGUUUUCUAAUCUUAGUUGCUGUGUUUUUCAUUUGAUAGCCUUGUAAAAAAAGAAAAAAGCCAGAGCUCAUAAUGGCGACAGCUGCGGUGUCUGCCCCUGCUGGCUGCGGCCCCAGCCCCGGGUCGGGAACAGAGCUGGUCCGCGGGCAGGCCUUCGACGUCGGGCCUCGGUACAGCAACCUCUCCUACAUCGGGGAGGGAGCCUACGGCAUGGUGUGCUCUGCCUAUGACCGGGACAACAAGAUACGUGUGGCCAUUAAGAAGAUUAGCCCUUUUGAGCACCAGACGUACUGCCAACGCACCCUGAGAGAGAUCAAAAUCCUGCUGCGCUUCAAACAUGAAAACAUCAUCGGCAUCAACGACAUCAUCCGCACACCAACCAUUGACCAGAUGAAGGACGUAUAUAUUGUCCAGGAUCUCAUGGAGACAGACCUGUACAAGCUCCUGAAGACUCAACACCUGAGCAACGACCACAUCUGCUACUUCCUCUACCAGAUCCUACGAGGGCUCAAGUACAUCCACUCUGCCAACGUCCUGCAUCGCGACCUGAAGCCCUCCAACCUUCUGCUUAACACCACCUGUGAUCUCAAGAUCUGUGAUUUUGGUUUGGCUCGUGUGGCUGAUCCUGACCAUGAUCACACUGGUUUCCUGACAGAGUAUGUAGCCACCCGUUGGUACAGAGCACCUGAGAUCAUGCUCAACUCCAAGGGCUAUACCAAGUCCAUAGACAUCUGGUCAGUGGGUUGCAUCCUGGCUGAGAUGUUGUCCAACAGGCCAAUCUUUCCUGGGAAGCACUACUUGGAUCAGCUUAACCACAUUUUGGGGAUCCUGGGUUCUCCCUCUCAGGAGGAUCUCAACUGCAUCAUCAACAUUAAGGCCAGGAACUAUCUUUUGUCGCUGCCUUUGCGCUGCAAAGUGCCGUGGAACCGCCUCUUCCCCAACGCUGAUCCCAAAGCUUUGGACCUGUUGGACAAGAUGUUAACCUUUAAUCCUCACAAGAGGAUUGAGGUGGAGGAGGCCCUGGCGCACCCUUACCUGGAGCAGUAUUACGACCCCACGGAUGAGCCUGUUGCCGAGGCCCCAUUCAAGUUUGACAUGGAGCUGGAUGACUUACCCAAAGAGACGCUGAAGGAGCUCAUCUUUAAAGAAACUGCACGUUUCCAGUCCGGCUUAAGGUCCUAACAUCUCACACAGAUGUUUCUGUGGACCGGCUUUGGCAUUGCUACUCCUCCUCCUCACCUCCACACUUUUGCUGUGAUAUAUAUAUAUAUUUUUGGGGGUUUUAUUUUACUAUCCUGUUGUCCACAUCACCUGGAUUCCUUGGGUCUCACUCGUCAAAUCCAAUUUGCUCAGGAAUGGCGUCAGGAAUCAAUCAAUCAACCAUUCUCUUGUCUCUCUUUCUAUUUCUCUUUUCUCGCUCUCUCCCUGAGGUGGGUGGGGGGGGGGGCAGGGGUUCAACAUCACAGCUUACAGUUUGGGGGUGAAUUUGUGUUUUAAGCCAAGAUAAACAAUUUGUUUGUGUCUCAAAGGCAUUCGGCUAUGGCUAUUCCUAUUCAAGACCUUUUAUGUCCAGGUGAAUGACCGUGAUAGACUAGCUGUUGUGUUUUUUGGUGCAACGGUCGUGGUUAUAACUCAGCCUACAUUGCACAAACAAGCAACAGUAGAUUACUAAGAAUCAUCCAUCAUAAAAAGGGGGUCUUUUGAAUUUUCUAACCUUUGUCGCACUGUUACAAGGGGUACCUUGAUCUUUAUCUUUUUUUUUUUCUCUCUUUAUCGCUUUGAAAAAAGAAAAACUGAAUUAAAAUAACUGAUUUAUGCAAUGAAAUCACAUAAUCAGUCACAGACAAAAAAAAAGGGCCAAAAGCCAUCACUUGAAGUUGAGGAUCUAUAUUUUAACAAAUACCUAUUUUAAUCCUUCACACACACACACACGGCCCAAAUGCAAGUA